CCAGCAGCUUUCACGCUGGACGCGACCUUAGUCCCACCACCAACACUCUUUGUCAGGUCAUGACUGUAAUGACCAUAUAGGCACCGUAGCCUCCCAUUUCCCUGCCACCAAAUAAUAUUCACCCGUGCUACUCGCGCACACCUACUGCAACCCAGGCGAACGCAGCCUCCCGACCAAUGCACCUUCCUCCUACCGCGACAUAGACCGACGAUAUUGAGGGGGAGUGCAGUCGAGGACUCAACUGAAGAUACAGACGAGCGGCGACGCGCUGCGCACAACGCGACCAUGGCGACGAACAACUUCGAGGCUAUGGCCUCCAAGCUGGACGAUGCGAAUUCUGACCUCCGAACGAGGGGCACCCUCGCCAUCGACAUACGGGACAACAUCGAGACAUACUGCCAGGGCGCACAGUAUGCUGUCUUCCUGAACCACCUCGUUCCCGUCUUUCUGAAGAUCCUGGAUGGGAACCCCGUCUUCAUAUCCACGUCGCCAGAACAGCGAAUACGGAACUGCGUCCUGGAGAUCUUGCACCGGCUUCCCAUGAACCCAGUCGAGGCGGUGGAACCCCAUGCGGCGAAGAUAGUGGACAAGCUUAUGAGCUUGGUGAAGCUUGAGAACGAAGAUAAUGCGGUGCUCUGCAUGAAGACCAUCAUGGACUUCCAGCGACACCAAACAAAGGCCCUCGCGGACCGCGUACAGCCCUUCUUGGACCUCAUCCAGGAGAUGUUCGAGACAAUGGAACAGGCAGUUCACGACACGUUUGACAGCAACGCGCCCGCGCCCGCGUCGCAGGGCGUGCCAUCGACGCCCAACAACCCACAAUAUUCGCAGUCGCCACGACCGAGCUCUCCGGCGACCGCCCUCACAUCAGGCCCCGCGGGCGACAUUGGGUCUGAACACCAGCAGACGCGCAUGCUGCUCAAGGGCAUGCAGUCGUUCAAGGUCCUCGCCGAAUGUCCGAUAAUAGUAGUGUCGCUCUUCCAGGCAUACCGCAACUGCGUGAACAAGAAUGUAAAGCUUUUUGUUCCCUUGAUCAAGAACGUGCUCUUGCUCCAGGCCAAACCGCAAGAGAAGGAGCAUGAGGAGGCAAAGGCCCAGGGCAAGAUCUUCACCGGGGUCAGCAAGCAGAUUCGCAACCGCGCUGCGUUUGGAGACUUCAUUACAGCUCAAGUCAAGACUAUGAGCUUUCUGGCUUACCUGCUCAGGGUGUAUGCGAACCAGCUGAACGACUUCCUACCGACGCUACCAGACAUUGUGGUACGACUGCUCAAAGAUUGCCCGCGGGAGAAGUCCGGCGCGCGCAAAGAACUUCUGGUGGCUAUUAGGCAUAUCAUCAAUUUCAACUUCCGGAAAAUCUUUCUUAAGAAGAUCGACGAGCUCUUGGAUGAACGCACGUUGAUCGGCGACGGCCUCACAGUGUAUGAGACUAUGCGACCACUGGCCUACAGCAUGUUGGCUGAUCUGAUACAUCACUUGCGCGAUUCCUUGUCGAAGGAGCAGAUCCGCCGCACGGUCGAGGUGUACACGAAGAACCUCCACGACAGCUUCCCAGGCACGAGUUUUCAAACUAUGAGUGCGAAACUUCUCCUUAACAUGGCUGAGUGUAUCGCCAAGCUGGAGCCGAAGGAAGACGCGCGAUACUUCCUGAUCAUGAUCCUGAACGCCAUCGGUGAUAAGUUCGCAGCUAUGAACCGCCAAUAUCACAACGCUGUAAAGCUAUCUGCGCAGUACAGCCAGCCUUCCAUCGAUGCGGUUGAUGAGAACCACAUGGCUGUGCAAGAGCAGCCUCCUGACUGGGAUGAGAUUGACAUCUUCAACGCGACACCGAUCAAGACUUCGAAUCCACGAGAUAGAAGCUCUGAUCCGAUUGCUGACAAUAAGUUUUUGUUCAAGAACCUGCUACAUGGACUGAAGAAUCUGUUCUACCAGCUGCGAGUAUGCAAUCCCGCCAAGAUCAAGGACGAAAUCGACGUUGCCAAUGCGUCAGCCAACUGGCACGAGGUGUCAUUCGGGUACAACGCAGAAGAGGUAGAGGUUUUGAUCAAGCUAUUCCGCGAGGGCGCAAAGGUCUUCCGCUACUACGGAACAGAAAAGCCGCAAGAUGCACAGGGCCUGUCGGCAGGAGAUCUCAUGGGCAACCUGCACAUGAUGUCGAGCGGAAAGGAAGAGAAGGAGCUUCUGGAGACGUUUGCGACUGUUUUCCACCACAUUGACCCGGCUACAUUCCACGAAGUGUUUUCAUCUGAGAUACCCCAUUUGUACGAUAUGAUGUUCGAUCACCCGGCGUUACUCCAUGUCCCGCAGUUUCUGCUCGCUUCCGAGGCGACGUCGCCCAGCUUUUCCGGCAUGCUGUUGCAGUUUCUUAUGGAUCGGAUAGAAGAAGUCGGGACUGCGGAUACGAAGAAGUCGUCGAUAUUGUUACGCCUCUUCAAGCUGUCUUUCAUGGCCGUCACGCUCUUCUCGGCGCAGAAUGAGCAGGUUCUUCUGCCGCAUGUCAGCAAGAUCAUAACGCAGUCGAUACAGUUGUCGACGACGGCCGAGGAGCCAAUGAACUACUUUCUUCUUCUCAGGUCGCUGUUUCGAAGCAUUGGCGGCGGGAGAUUCGAGCACCUCUACAAGGAGAUUCUCCCCCUUCUGGAGAUGCUACUGGAUGUGCUCAAUAAUCUUCUGGUCACGGCACGCAAGCCAGCUGAGCGUGACCUGUUUGUGGAACUGUCUCUCACUGUGCCGGCGCGGUUGAGUAACUUACUUCCUCAUCUCAGCUACCUUAUGAGGCCGCUGGUCGUGGCGUUGCGGGCUGGAUCAGAUCUCGUUGGGCAGGGGUUGCGCACGCUGGAGCUUUGCGUGGACAACUUGACUGCUGAUUAUCUGGACCCGAUCAUGGCGCCUGUCAUCGACGAACUCAUGGCUGCGCUUUGGGAACACCUAAAGCCAAAUCCUUACAGUCACUUCCAUGCCCAUACCACAAUGCGCAUUCUAGGGAAACUCGGUGGCCGGAAUCGCAAGUUCAUCACUGGACCCCCGGAGUUGGAGUACAAGGAUUACUCGGACGAUCAGUCGUCCAUCGACAUCCGUCUCAUCGGCUCGACCAAGGACCGCGCCUUCCCAGCUGCCAUCGGUAUCGACACUGCGAUUUCGAAACUCCAUGAGAUACCUAAGCUGCCGGCUGCGAAGAAGUCGGACGUUUUCCACAAGCAGCAAGCGUUUCGACUCAUCACUGCGCACACGAAGCUCAUGAUUGGGUUCGACAACUUGCCCGAGGACUUUGCGCAGUUAGUACGACUACAAGCAAAUGACUUAUGCGCGAAGAAGUUCGACCUUGGUUACGACGUCCUGUCGGCUUCUGAACGCGAGAAAUCCAUCUCCAAGAAGAACGUCGAGCAGGAAACUCUGAAGAAACUCUUGAAAGCCUGCGUUUUCGCCGUGUCGAUACCGGAUCUCAAGUCGGAGGCUGAUACCUUGGUGACGAAUCUGGCGAAGCACUUCGCUAUUCUUGAGCUUGGGUCACAAUUUGCUAUUUCUAAACACAAGGCCAAGCUAUUCGAAGUGCACUCUGGAGAGGGUCCGAUUGUUAUCGAGAGCGAUGUCAUCUCGGAAGCCCUUGGCGAGUCCCUCGCAUCUGAGCAUGGGGUAGUCAGAGACGCCGCUGAGCAGGCCAUCCUGACCAUACGGGAUACUGUUCGAACGAUGUUCGGAGACAAUGACAAGCUCGAUAGAUUCCAGUUUUUCAACGAGCUCGCCAGCACGUUUUGCCACAACUGCCACGCCGACGACUGGUUUAUGAAGUCUGGAGGAACACGUGGAAUAGAGAUCAUGAUACGCAAGAUUGGUCUGCCUCAGUCGUGGAUGGUCGCUCGCCAUUUCGAACUCAUCCGAGCGCUGAAUUUCGUUAUGAAAGAUAUGCCUAUUGACCUGGACUCCAAGACGCGCAUACAGGCCGAGGGGCUCAUAGAGGACUUGAUCCGACGAUGUCACAAGACGACGUCUAAAGAAGAGUUCGAGAAGGGACAAAACAUUACGCUGCGAUUGUGUGGACAGUUGGUGGGGGAUCUGUCACAUAUGAACAAGUGUGUGCGGGAAGCUACACAGAAGGCAUUCCACGUCCUGUCCGACGUGACUGGUCUCGGUGUCCAUGAGCUCAUUGUUCCCGUCAAGGACAGACUCAUUGUGCCUAUCUGGACGAAGCCGCUUAGGGCGCUGCCAUUCGGAAUACAGAUCGCGUACAUCGACGCCAUCACCUUCUGCCUGAAGCUCAAGAACAACAUCCUUGAGUUUAACGACCAAUUGACUAGAUUGCUUAUGGAGUCGCUGGCGUUGGCUGAUGCGGAGGAUGAGGGUCUUGCGAGUAAACCCUUUGAGCAACGUAAUGCGGAGCACAUUGUCAACUUGCGCGUCGCUUGUAUCCGUCUUUUGUCUACGGCGCAGAAUUUCCCUGAGUUUAGCACCACGCCGCCGAAUGCUACGUUCCUUCGCAUCAUUGCGGUUUUCUUUAAGUGUCUCUACUCCAAGUCGCCGGAGGUUAUCGAAGCGGCCAACAUUGGCCUGUCUGGCGUCAUCUCGGCGACGAACAAGCUGCCAAAGGAUAUUCUGCAGAGCGGUCUCCGGCCGAUUCUUGUUAACCUCCAGGAUCCGCGGAAACUGUCGGUUGAGAAUCUGGACGGCCUGGCACGAUUGCUGAAGCUUCUUACCAACUACUUUAAGGUGGAGAUUGGAACGAGACUCCUGGACCACUUGAAGAGCAUCGCGGACCAGAACAGCCUGCAGAAGAUUUCUUUCACGAUGAUCGAGCAGAACCCCAAGAUGAAGAUUGUCACAGGCAUCUUCAAUAUCUUCCAUCUCCUUCCUCCAGCAGCCUCGACGUUCCUCAAGCAGAUUAUCGAGAAGGUGCUUGAGUUGGAGACGGCGUUGCGACGCACGCAUUAUAGUCCGUUCAGGGAGCCGCUGAUCAAGUUUCUCUGCAUGUAUCCCAAGGAAUCUUGGGAUCACUUUGCGCCAACACUGAAGGAUCAGACUCAAGGUCGCUUCUUCGCGCAGCUCCUUGAAAAUGAGGCAAGUGGCCCGCUGCGGAAACAAGUCAUGGAGGAUGUGCCUGGUUUCUUGGGUGCGUUCCAGCUCGAUGCAUCGGAUAAGGAGAUAUGCCAGGCUCAGCUCAACGCUAUCCACAUCGCCUAUGCGCUGAGUCAGUCUGAGGACACGAGCAAAUGGCUUGUCUCCCAUGAUGACUUGCGGAAGGGACUACUUGAGGCUGCGAGGUCACUGGAGAAGAAACUCCGACAGAACAGUAUUGACCCUGAACUGCGACUGGCGACGGAACAAGCUGGCGAUCAGAUCAUGGUCAUUCUCACUACGUACCUCAAGCAUGAGCCCGAGAGCCUGGACUUCUUCUUCGAGCUCGUCGAUGCUGUUACUUCGGAGGAAUUGAAGGCUUCCCCGCUGCUGUUUGACUUCAUCUUCGACCAGAUUGUCUCGAACGAGUCCGUCGAGUACUGGAAGACUUUGAUCCAUAAGUGUAUCGAUAUGUACACGUCGCGGAACUCGUCGCAGAAGACGAAGACUUUCAUCUUCCGGUACAUUGUCAAUCCUAUCUUCGCCAUGGAUGUCAAGCGGAACUGGGACGGGUUGUUCGAGCAGAAGACGAAGGGUACCAAGUUGAUGGACAAGGCUAUGACGGAGACGAUUCACAACCGUUUGUGGAAACCGCAAUCCUUGACCGAUACGUCGGAGGAAACGGCGCAGCUUGGUGUCGACCAUUCGCGGAUGGAGUUGCUCCAACUGACCACACUGCUGCUCAAGCACUACUCCGGCAUGAUACAGGAUGCCCGCAAAGAUGUCAUCAAGUUUGCGUGGAAUUACAUCAAGCUGGAAGACAUCAUCAACAAGUACGCAGCCUACGUUUUGAUCGCAUUCUUCAUCGCGCAAUAUGACACCCCCGUCAAGAUCGCAAUCCAAGUCUAUCAAGCCCUCCUCAAAGCGCACCAGAACGAGGGUCGUUCGCUGGUCAUGCAGGCCCUCGAGCUCAUGGCGCCGGUUCUGAAGAAGCGCAUGGGUGGCGGUGACGCGAAGAUGCCUCGCUGGAUCCAGUACCCACGCAAGGUUCUCUCCGAGGAAAGCUCUAACCUACAGCAGCUCAUGAGCAUCUUCAACUUCCUUGUUCGACACCCGGAUCUCUUCUAUGAAGGCCGCGAGCAUCUGUCCCCAAUCAUCAUCACGGCUCUCUCUAAGAUCGCGCAACCGCCAAACUACAGCACCGAUGCGAAGAAGCUCGCGCUGAACCUGAUCAGUCUCAUCCAUAAGUGGGAGGAGCGUACUGCAAAUGACGCUGGUGGCGCGAUUGACCGGGCGUCGCAGUCGCCGCAGGGGUUUAAGAGGAAGGCGGAUGGAUCGAUUGUCGCCCCUGGAUCGCUGCCUAAGGGAUUCGUCGCUCAGCCCGCUAUUCGCAUGAUGCUGAUCAAGUAUCUCAUCUCAUUCAUUGCAUAUCUUCCUGAACGCUUUCCUGUCGCCUCGCCAAAGUCCAAGGAAGUGGCUCCCGUCGCUGCAAACACGCCACAGCCUGCUGAGAUCUGCAGAAAGGGUGUGCUGCUGCUACAUGAUUUGCUCUCGUCUCGACUGUGGAGUGAUUUGGAUCUGGACCUCAUGCUCACGAAGAAGAUCGAGGAGAUUCUUCUCUUCGAGAUGAAGCAGGAUGACAAGCCAGAGGUCUUCAACACGCGCAUGAUCAAUACGCUUCAGCUUGUCAAGGUCAUCGUCAAUGUCAAACCGGACGAUUGGGUGUUGCAGCGCGUUCCUCAGUUCCAGAAGAUGCUGGAGAAGCCGAUUCGUUCCGAGAAUGCGGAUGUCCAGGCGAGCCUUCAUGCGGCUGAUGAGUCGGAAGACGGGUCGAUGAAACUGAAGCCGAUACUGAAGCGUAUCUUGGAAGUCAUGCCAGAGCCCAUCACAGAUGACGAGGGGAAUACAGAGGAAUCUCCAUCGACAGACUUUGUCAACUUCCUUGGUGCUGUUGCGACAGAGGCGCUUUCUAACGGUUCUUAUGUCUGCGCUAUCAACAUACUCUGGACUCUGUGCCAGAAGCGCCCGGAAGAGAUCGACCAGCACAUUCCGCAAGUCAUGAAGGCGUUCCAAGGGAAAAUGGCUAAGGACCAUCUCGCUGGUCACAGCGCUAUACCCGGCCAGCCUGCUGCUCCUGGCAUGCGCCCCGAAGGAGGGAACCCGCCGACCGACCCCCGCGAAGUCGAAAUCCAGACAGACCUCGUCCUCAAAACAGUUGACAUCCUCGCCGCGCGCAUGAAUGAACUCGGCGAAAACCGAAGGCCGUACCUCAGUGUGCUGGCGUCGCUCGUCGAGCGAUCUCAGACUAAUUCUGUUUGUAUGAAGGUGCUGGAUCUGGUCGAGGACUGGAUCUUCCACUCUACCGAGCCGGUGCCGACGCUGAAAGAGAAGACGGCUGUGCUGAGUAAGAUGCUGUUGUUCGAACAUCGACAGGAUACUUCGCUUCUGACGCGCUUCCUCGAUCUGGUCAUUCGGAUCUAUGAGGAUCCGAAGAUUACGAGAUCGGAGUUGACGGUCAGGAUGGAACAUGCCUUCCUCAUCGGCACGCGGGCCCAGGAUGUCGAUAUGCGGAAUCGGUACAUGACUAUCUUCGAUAAGAGCUUGAGCCGCACUGCAGCUAGUCGAUUGAGUUAUGUGCUUGCUUCGCAGAACUGGGAUACGCUUUCCGAUAGUUAUUGGUUGAGCCAGGUCAUCCAUUUGAUGUUUGGCUCUGUGGAGAUGAACACGCCCGCGCAACUGCACGCCGAUGACUUCCGACUCAUGCAACCGACCACUUUCUUUGGCACGUACAGCAAGGACCCGAGGAUCGCGGAUAUCAUGGUCGACGAUGAUCUGGAGAGCUUGGUCAACAACCAUCGCCGUUUCUGCAGCCAGUUGGCUGACGUGAAGAUCAAGGAUAUCUUCGAGCCACUGGGACAUUUGCAACAUACGGACAGUACUCUGGCGCAUGAUAUUUGGGUUGCUUUCUUCCCCUUGGCGUGGACGGCACUCACGAAAGAUGAUCAGAGCGAUCUGGAGAAGGGCAUGACCGCGUUGCUCACCAAGGACUACCACUCGCGUCAACUCGAUAAGCGACCAAAUUGCGUUGCUACUAUGCUGGAUGCCAUCGUACAUGCUCGUCCGCGGGUUAAGUUCCCUCCGCAUAUCAUGAAGUACUUGGCUCAGACAUACAACGCUUGGUACACUGCGGCUGUGUAUAUGGAGGAUUCUGCCAUCUCGCCGGUCGUCGAUGUGGAGAAGCUGAGGGAGAGCAAUCUCGACGCUCUUCUAGAGAUCUACAGCGGCUUGCAAGAGGACGACUUGUUCUAUGGUACGUGGCGACGCCGCUGCCAAUUCAUCGAGAGCAAUGCCGCCCUCUCGUACGAGCAGUGCGGCAUCUGGGACAAGGCACAGCAGAUGUAUGAGGCAGCGCAGAUCAAGGCAAGAACUUCUGUGCUGCCCUUCUCGACUGGGGAGUACAUGCUCUGGGAGGACCACUGGGUGAUUUGCGCGCAGAAGCUGCAGCAGUGGGAGAUUCUGAGCGAUUUCGCUAAGCACGAAAAUUUCAACGAUCUCUACUUGGAGUCUACAUGGAGGGUUUUCGACGCCUGGCAGAAUACGGAGACGAGGGAGCAGCUUGAUGCGACGAUCAAGGCGGUGAGCGAUGCGCCGACGCCGAGACGAGUGUUCUUCCAGACCUUCAUGUCGCUGCUUAAGCUGCACGCGAAGCAAGAGUCGCAGCCUGAGUUUCAUCGGCUGUGCGAUGAGUCGAUCCAGCUGUCGAUUAGGAAGUGGCAUCAACUUCCUAAGCGCAUUACGCAGGCGCACAUCCCGCUGCUUCAACACUUCCAGCAGCUGGUGGAACUUCAUGAUGCUAGUGUCAUCUGCCAGAGUCUCGCCCAGACUACGCAAUCCAAUCUGGAUAUGAAAUCCCAGGAGCUCAAGCUGCUUUUGAGUACUUGGCGCGAUCGACUGCCCAACUUCUGGGACGAUAUCAAUGCGUGGCAGGAUCUUGUUACGUGGCGUCAGCAUAUCUUCCAGCUCAUCAAUGGUGUCUACCUUGCUCUACUUCCGCCAAAUCAGAACAACGCCAGUGGUAACUCGUUCGCGUACCGGGGCUACCAUGAGACUGCCUGGAUCAUCAAUCGCUUUGCGCAUGUUGCUCGCAAGCACAAUCUCCCGGAAGUCUGCAUCAACCAGCUGGGUCGCAUUUACACGCUUCCUAACAUUGAGAUUCAAGAAGCUUUCCUCAAGCUGCGGGAACAAGCCAAGUGCCAUUACCAGAUCAAAGCGGACCUGAACAGUGGAUUGGAUGUUAUCAACAAUACCAACCUUAACUACUUCGGCCCGCAACAGAAGGCGGAGUUCUACACGUUGAAGGGUAUGUUCCUGGCGAAACUGGGACAGAAGAGCGAGGCGGGCGAGGCUUUCGGAACGGCAUUGUACUUUGACAUCAAGCUUCCGAAGGCUUGGGCAGAAUGGGGUCGUUACAACGACAUGCUGUUCAAAGAGGAACCGAACAACUUGGAGCGAGCCGAAGCAGCGCUUUCCUGCUACCUCGAAGCUGCCAGCCAGUUCAAGAACGCAAAGUCCAGGAAGCUGCUCGGACGCGUGCUGUGGCUGCUUAGCUUGGACAAUCCGGAGCGCAAGCUGGCGGAGAAGUUUGAGGAGUUCAAGGGUGAUACGCCGGCUUGGUACUGGAUUACGUAUAUCCCGCAGCUGCUCAACAGUCUUUCUCGACAGGAGGCGCCGAUCGCGAGGUCGAUUUUGGGGAAACUUGCCAAGACUUAUCCCCAGGCGUUGUACUGCCAUAUGCGCACGACGAGGGAGGAUAUGGCGGUUCUGAAGAAGAAUCACGAGAUGAAGGAGGCGAAGGAUAAGGCGGCCAAGGUUAAGCAACCACCUGCACAAGGAUCGCCGGUUGCGAAACAGGGAUCGCCAGAAGCGGGAUCGACGUCGGCGAAUGGAGAUACAAAGCCUGUUGCUAACGGUACUCCGAAUGGCACUGUCAAGACGGAAGGCGGACAGCAGGGUAGUCCGGUUCUCAACGGCCCACCAGCAGCUGGCGACACUCCCCCAGCGCCUAAGAAGCCUUGGGACCAGGUCGAGGAGAUUAGUGCGAUCCUCAAGACUGCCUUCCCACUGCUCGCCUUGUCCAUGGAGACCAUGCUCGACCAAAUUCAGAAGAACUUCAAAUGCCCUCCAGACGAAGACGCCUAUCGGUUGAUCGUGGCGCUGCUGAACGACGGCCUGUCCUAUGUAGGCCGCCAACCGAACCUGUAUGCGCGCGAGAUCAAACUCCCCACGUCCACGGAAGCAAACAUCACUCGUUUCGCGGAGUCGGUGCUACCACCGCAUAUCCGCAAGGCAUUCGAGAACGACUUUGUUAAGCACAAACCCACCAUGUACGAGUACAUCCAGAAGCUCAGGACGUGGAGAAAUCGCUUCGAGGAGAGGUUGGAUCGCAGGAAGCUGUCUAUUCCGUUGGAGACGUACACGCAUCAGCUUAGUGAAUUCCGGUUCUUGAAGUUUGAUGAUGUUGAGGUUCCAGGGCAGUAUUUGCAGCAUCGGGAUAAGAACUCCGAUUUUGUGCGUAUUGAGCGUUUCCUGCCGGACGUCGAUCUGGUGCGCGGGGUUGGUAUCUGUCAUCGACGCCUUAAGAUUCGCGGGCACGAUGGGAGUGUACAUCCCUUUGCCAUUCAAUUCCCGGCUGCAAGGAGUUCGAGACGAGAGGAGCGGAUCUUGCAACUCUUCCGCAUCUUCAACGGUAUCUUGGCGAAGAGGAAAGAGAGUCGCAGGCGGAACUUGCAGUUCCAUCUCCCGCUCAUGGUCCCCAUCACGCCCAGUGUGCGUAUGGUCCAGGACGACGCGUCGUACAUCAGCAUGCAGGGCAUCUACGAAGACUACUGCAGGAAAAACGGGCUCAAUAAGGAUGAGCCCGUUCUAUUCAGCAUAGAGAAACUCCGUGCCCUACAACCGCAGAAGAACAUCGAACACGCAACCUCAAUCCGCCUCGAAACCUUUGCCGCUGUGCAGGAAAAAUACGUCCCACCCACCGUCAUGCAGGACUUCUUCCGCAGCACCUUCCCCAACUUCGCAGACUUCUGGCUCUUCCGCCGCACCUUCUCCUACCAGCUAGCCGCAUUGACAUUCAUGACGUAUGUCAUGCACAUGAACACGCGUUUCCCGCAUAAGACGUCCAUCUCGCGCUCGUCGGGCCGGGUGUGGGGCUCGGAGCUCAUCCCCAGCAUGGCGGUCGGCAAGCCGAUCCUGCACAACUCGGAACCCGUACCCUUCCGCCUGACGCCGAACCUGCAAACCCUGCUCGGCCCGCUCAACCUCGAGGGCAUCUUCGCCCCCGCUGUCAUGUCCAUUGCGCGCUGUCUCAUCGAGCCUGAGGGCGAGCUGGAAAUGCAACUCGCUAUCUUCAUGCGCGAUGAAAUGAAUCAUUGGUUUACGAGCCAGCAUAAGAGCAGCCAGUUGACGCCCGAGGUGCUGCGUGAGUCCGUGAGCCAGAAUAGCGAGCUCGUGGUUAAGAGGGCUAGUGCGAUUGGGGUUUUCCCUCAAGGGGCGAAUUUGCCCGCGAAUCAGACGGUGGUUGAUCUUGUGGCGCAGGCGGUGCAUCCGUCGAAGUUGGCGAUGACGGAUCCGCUUUGGAUGGCAUAUUUGUAGGCAAUGAUGUGGGGUGUAUGGGGUGUUUUGGGUGGGGAUACAUUGUAUGGGGGUUUGUUUUGUGGCGAUUUGGAGUUUAGGGCUGCUUGUUUGUUUUGGCUAUUUGCGUGGUGUAAAAUGAGGGCGGGUGUUGUUUUUUAUCGUUAGUUUGGCGUGGUGGUACUUCGGAAGGCGCGCAAGGUGGUGUCAUUGUUUUGAGUUUAUAACGUAGUGGAUAUUUGAAUCAAGUCUUAUUCGAUGC